CGUGCACAGACUCAAUUUUUGGGUGGUACAAACGUGAUUUUUUGCCAACAUGAUGCCCGAAGUGGAGCAGGAGCCGCACGAGCAGCAAUUCUCGGCACUGUACAUGGCUAAAGUGCUGGAUAAGCUGCGCGAGAGUGAUAAGACACCUCAAGCUGCUGCAGCAGAGCUGCAGACUGCACUGAGAAAAUUGCACGCGUCGCAGCAGGAAUUCGUGGCUAAGCAGGCCAAACAGAACUUGCUGGACCGACUAUCUCAAGUGGAGGCGCUGGAGGCUCUGCAGAAAGUGGCGACGAUUAGGAAAGCGCAAGCAGAGGCUGGUUAUGAUCAGGAGGAGAGGGAGCUACAAUCGGCUGUGCGCGAGCGGGAGGACGCGCUUCAGUUGCUUGAAAGACUGGCAGACGAGGUAGAACAACAGAAACUCAAGGUGGUGGAGCACGAACGCUCGAGGGAGGCGCACGAGAGUGAGCUGGCACAGCUGAACGAAGUGUGGAAGGAACUUCAGAAGAGGAAUGCUCAUCGGAAAGCGGCGGUGCAAGUGGCGACGGGAGUGAUGAUCACAGAUGAGGAAGACUGCGCUCGAGUGCUGGACCAACAGACCCAGAGCAUCCAGGAAAUGCACCAGAAGCAGAAGGAACUCGAGGAUGAGAAGAUUGAUAUCAGUACCCAGGUGAAACGAACGAAAAGGACGAUCGAGAAUUUGUCCAAACAGAACGACAUGAGAAGUAAGGAUGCCGAGGUAAAACAACGAGAGCAGGACUACAUGACGCUGCAACAAAUGAAGCAAUGGUACGAUCACGUCAGGAGCAUCCUGGAAUCCAUUUCGGGACUGGAGAUCACGAACGUGGCCGACGAUUCCCUCGAAGUCCGAGUUUUGAAGUCCCAUUCAGUGCGCCUCUUUUGCGAUCCUGAAACCACAAGGUUGAAGCGAGUUCAGUCCCUCACACCUGGUGUAAUCGCCGCCGACCUUGUGGACGUCGCUGUGAGUGACAACAAUAUUCGGUAUCUGUUGUGCGAAUAUCGUGAACGUGUACGCGACCAGGUAGCACUGUAACUUUCGUUGUAUGGGGCUGGAAAAAAUGAUUGCACAUUUUUAAACAUGUAUCAAAAUAUUUUGGUCCGCAAAUAUG